AUGAAGAAUGGACAUGUCUUUACAAAGCAAGACCUAAAGAAUAAAGAGCGGGUGCUACUGUAUGAAGGUGUCCUUCUGUGGAAAACUGCCACAGGGAGAUUUAAAGAUAUCCAAGCUCUACUUUUAACUGACGUGUUGCUGUUUCUUCAAGAAAAAGACCAAAAGUAUAUAUUUGCUGCUGUGGAUCAGAAACCUCCAGUAAUUUCCCUGCAAAAACUGAUAGUGAGGGAAGUAGCCAAUGAGGAGCGUGGGAUGUUUCUGAUAAGUGCAUCAUCGGCUGGACCGGAAAUGUAUGAAAUUCACACAAAUUCCAAAGAGGAACGAAACACAUGGAUGAGGCAGAUACAGGAAGCUGUGCAGAGCUGUCCAGAAGAAGAUGAAGGAAAAAUCAGUGAAUCUGAUGAAGACAGACGUGCUGCAGACGCACGAGCAGCCAAAGCUCAGAAGUAUCAAGAAGUCCUCAGCAUCCAUGACCAGCAAAUCUGCAGCUAUUUGGAAGAAAAGUUACAGAUUUUUGCAGAACUGGCUGCCCUAUGCGGUGGGAGUGAUGUGAAACUGGAAACACAGCUUCUCGUUAAGGCUGACUCUGGAGAGAUUCCUCAGGCUGCAUCAAUGCUGGAGGCGGCACUAAAAGAAUCUGAAAGACUGUACAUGACUUUAGCAUCACAAAUGGAGAACACAGCCUGGUCAUCUGAAGAUCCAGAGACAUCCCACAGAUCACGGACGUGUUCAGGAACUGGACCAUUUGAGGAGACUCAAGAAAUUUUAUACAACUCUCAGUCUCCUGAGCUAAGAGAGGAAGACUUAUGUAAUGCUGACCUCAGUACUUUCCAGGGAGGUGGUGAUGUGGACUUGUCUAUUCCUGAAGAAAAGGUUGAACUGAACCACUCCACGAGUUCUAAGAAUGAAGAGAUUUUCCAAACUGUUCAAAACUUGACUCGCCUUUUAUACAGUAUCCAGGCUGCUGUAGCCAUGCAGGACAGCCAAAUAGAACUAACAAAGGUUCUACAUCAGGACCAUGAGCCUAGCGGUAGAGGCUAUGCUCUCCGUGGGUCCCUCCUACAGGAACAAUAUCGCCAUCUAGAAAAACAUCGCGGAGAGGUGGCAAAACUUCAGCAUCAAUUCCAACAGGAAACAGCAGCGCUGGGCCAGAGAGUGUGACCAAAAAGAGAAGGAGUUGGAGGAGAAGGAGAACCUGAUUCAGCAAUGGGAGAGAGAGUGGCAGAACCAGGUGCAGCUUCUGGAGGAAAAGAGAGAAGAGCUGUCCCAACAGCUUCUGGAGUUCCAGCAAAAUGUGGAGAGACUGAAGGAAGGCCAGAGGCUGGUGGAGAAAGAAAGGGAGGAACUCUGUGUACAGCACAAGCUCCUCCAGCACUGGAAACAUGUUCGUCAGAACAGCCUGCCCAUUUUAUUUCCAAACCAAAAGACAGAGGGUGCAAGAUGAAACCCCCAGCUUGACAGUUUACAAAUGGAAGACUCCAUCUGCAUUAACAACGCACUGGCUCAGAUAUCGCUCAACAACAUGGCGGCACAUCCCAACUCUGCUUACUCGGAUGCUUAUGCGGAUCACGCCUCUGACUCUGCAGAGACUUCUGGGAGCAGCCCUGUGGAUAUUUCUAGUGAACCUUGGCGCUCCUUAAUUUCCCGACAGCAGAGGCUUGAGAAUUCUUCCCGACACAGCAAUAAAGAUGCCUGUAAUAACGACCUGAAUGCAGCCCACGUGAUCUACUGUGGAACAUUAUUGGCUACAGGAUCACAGAACCUAAACACAGGAGCCCCACAAUCACCACAGCCUUCAGAUUCAAUGAAAACACUCCACAAUGACACUCCAAACAGUAUAGAAAAUGGGCGGAUAGAAGAGAAUAUCAUUUACCUCUGA